AUGAAGACCGAAGUCGUCAGGGUCGACCCGGCCGCCGCCGCCAGCCUCGGCCGCUUCCGGGAGGUGGUGGUCGCUAGCAGUAAUGGCACAGGGAGCAGCAGCAGCAACAUCAGCAUCACCCCGAUCCAGAACCUGGCGUCGUGGGAGCUGGCGGCGGCCCCUUCCUCUGGACCGUCCGGGGACGCCCAUGUCGACGCCGACGAGCACCCGGCGCUCGGCCCGCUGCGGCGGGCGGCGGAGCGGCUCCGGAGCAGCGACGUGCCCGUCGCGUUCCCGACCGAGACCGUCUACGGCCUCGGCGCCGACGCGACCCGCAGCGCCGCCGUCAGGGGCAUCUACGCCGCCAAGGGCCGGCCGUCGGACAACCCGCUCAUCGUGCACGUGUGCGACCUUGACAUGCUGCGCUCGCUCCUCGUCGGCGCCACUCCCAAUGACGACAGCAACAGCUACGACGACCCGAUCCCGCCCAUCUACCUCCCGCUCUUGCAGCGCUUCUGGCCGGGCCCGCUGACCAUCCUUCUCCGCAACCCCACGCCGCCGCCGCCGGCCUCCCGCCGCCUCGCGCCCGAGAUGAUCCUCGACGGCGGGCCGUGCGGCGUCGGCGUCGAGAGCACCGUCGUCGACGGCCUGAGCGACCCGCCCGCGGUCCUGCGCCCGGGCGGCGUGGGCAUCGAGGAGAUCAGGGCGUGUCCCGGGUGGGAGGGCGUCGUGCGCGCGUACCGCGACGAGGUGCAGGUUGGGGCGGCUGCUGCGCCUAGGGCGCCGGGGAUGAAGUAUAAGCAUUAUAGCCCGCGCGCCCGCGUCGUGCUCUACGAGGGCGGGUUUGGUGCCGACGAUGGCGCGUGGGAGGCGGGCGGUGGGGCGGGGAGGAGGAUAGGGGUCGUGAGGACGCGGUCGUCGGCCGCCGCCGCCGGAUCACUUGGGUCUGGGUCUGGGACGGUGACGGCUUGUGGGGAGGACGGCGGCUGCGCGCUGCGGUUUACCGAGCGCGAGAGGAGGGACGCCGACGGCGGCGCGACGACGGUGCUGGAGACGAGCCUGGGCCGGGACCCCAGGCAUGUCGCGCAGGGGCUGUUCUCGGCCCUGCGCGAGCUGGACGCCAGGCGCGCCGACGUGAUUUUCGUCGAGGGCGUGGGCGACGGCGACGACAUCGCCGCCGCCGUCAUGAAUAGGCUUCGCAAGGCGGCUUCCGAGGUUAGGUGA